GGUGGUACUUAGGCAACUGGUAGCUUCAGGAUGCUUAUGCAAUACUCUGGAGGGCGCCCUUUUUUGCCCACCGCGUGCUCCAGGGGACGAUCUUGUACAAAUGAUGAGAGUUAAUGAACUGCAGCUCCGCUGCGUGGGCAGAGCUGUCUUGCUCUUCGUAUUUUUCCCUCUCGCCGCGUCUUCGGAGAUUGACACUUGGGUGAUCUGGACUGACUUCAAUGGUGCGGACUUUUUUUGGACCUCCAGCAGUUGCUCAACGAUGGCGCUGCCGGAUAGCGGGGUUGUGGGAAACGAGGCGCCACCUCCCCCUUCCAAUGGGGGGAUCAGCGACAUGCUCUUCUUCCACGACACGCACGAGCUUGUCUGGCUGGAGGGAGGUAUGCUGGUCAGAUCCUGGAUGGACAAGACAGGUCGUCAAGAGCUCUCGCGGCUCCCGGGGGAUGCAACUUCUGCAGAGCUGCAGAACCGCUCCGGCACGGGGCCGAACUUAGCUGAAGAUGGAGCUCUGGCUUGGACCCAGCAGGGCCUCGUUGCCAUGAUCUUCUUCGCUUCCAACUUGACGCAGAAGCUGUGGGUGGCGAAUCUCAGCUCCGUUCCGCCGCGCCUCCCUUCGCACCUGGGCCCGUGGCUGGAAGUUCCGGGCCUCACGAAGGGCCCCCUCGUCGCCAGCAACGGAGUCGUCUACUGGGGGGAUGGCGCCAGCUUCCGCUCCUGGUCCGCUCAAGACGCGCUGAAUGCUGCCGCCGGACUACCUAGCAGCGGCUCGGAGGUUUUGGCCCAGCUGGGCUCUGGCAGCAGCGGUUGGGGUGAGCUACGCGCAGCGGCGCCCGCGCAUGGCGGCGGGAUGUUCUGGGUGCGCAACAAGAGCCACUCCCAGCUUCAGCUGGAGCUGGUGAAGGAUGUGACGCAGCUCUUCGCGGGGCCCGAGGCCAACUUCAUCUCUGGCAAUGUCGAGACCUUGCACACCCUCCUAGAGGGCGAUGAGGUCUCGGCACUGGCGGUGCCGCCUGCGCCUAGCGCGGGCUUGCCCUUCAUGGGCAACGUCACGCGGCUCUUCCAGCAGGUCUACUGGUCAGUCGCCGGGCCUGACAUGCAGGCACGCAUCGACCACCUGGAUCUGGGCACCGGCGAGGUGUCCACGCUGGUCUACGCUGCCGGGCUGGAGCGCAGGGGCUCUCUGCCGGCCAGACCCUCCGCUCUCAGCCUUUAUCCCAUGCCAGACAUCUGCGUGAAUGUGGGCUGCCUAUAUCUGCGAGUAUGGGAUGAUUGUUCCAGCUGCACAGACGAUCAGUGUGACACCUGUUUCUUGGACACGCAGGACUGGGUGGUGAAGCAAUGGUACCCAAAGCACGGCCUCUUCACCAAUUGCAUUUGGCUGUGGCCCGCGGACCAGGCUGCCUGGUUCGUGCGCUCAGAGGUGCAGAAGGCGAAGGAGGAUGGGCGCUUGCCGGAGGACUUCGUGGCCCAGGAGCUGCCUCCUGACGGGGAGGCAACUCCUCCCGGCACGCUGCCGCCGCCGCCAGCGCCGGUCACAAGCACCGUUCCUGCCACCACGACUUCCACGCAGACAACCACCACAACCAAGACCUCUACGGUCACCUUCACCAGCACUUCCACCACCACGACAGUCACAAAUCCCUGCCUAGCAGUGGAUCCACCAGGAGAGAUGAUGCAAGGUUGGUGCAGAUCGAUGGUGCAAAGCUGGUGUGUGUCCACCACCCAGGUACACUCAGAGCUCUAUGGCCAGGACGUCAACGACACCUUGUUGGCACCGCUCCGCUUGCGCCGCGAAUGCGGAGCUUACGCAUGGACCUUCCAGGAGCUGUGUCGCCCCAACGACGUCGUUGGCGCGGACUGCGCUUCCUGUGUGCACCCCAUGCUUUGGACCUACGCAGCCCUCGCCGCAGGCUUGGCUUUACUCGUGGCCAUCGUUUUGCCAUACCUUUGGUGUGUCGCCAGGCGGCGCAAACGCAGUGCCAGUGUCAGCGACCUGGGCUCAGGUAAACCUGAUGAAGAUGGCAGCUGCCUUGCAGACUUCGUCAGGUGCCGAAAGCGCAGGGGCGACCGGCACGGCACUGACGGCCCGGAGUCCAGAGGUAGACCUGAUGAAGAUGGCCCCGCAGAUUGCGUCAGGCGCCGCAAGACGAGUGUCAGCGACUUCAGCGACCGGCGCGGCUCGGAGCCAGGCAUGGCCGGUGCAGGCAGACUUGAUGAAGAUGGCUGCCUCUCAAAUUGCGUCAGGUGUCGUUGCAGGAGGAAGGUUGUCAAGGAGAUCCCCAUGUCCAAGGUUCAACCUGAGGAUUUACCUGAACUCCUGCAAGCCUGGGAGGUAGACACCGGCACACCACCCGACACGUCCAUGAGCAACAACAGCCCCAGACCAAGUACUGAUGCCCAGAGUAAGGAUGAUGCGCAGUCGGCGCAAUCAAUCCAACAGAUCCUCAAGGGCACCUGGCAGCCGGGCCUUAGCUCGUCUGGUGCGGCGGCAGCUGCUGGGCGACUCACAGACGCCAUGCGCAAGUUCAUGAAUCCUCGAGCACGUGAGGAGGACAAGUGGCGCAUCCUCAAUGACGUGGAGGACAUCCUGCGGACCUUGGGUAGCGCACUGCCUGCAGCGCCGCGCGGCGCAGCCUGGGCUUGGCAUGCCCGCCAGACCGCGCGCCUGCAUCGCAGCAAUGCACUGCUAGCUGCGCGACAGGAGGCUACCUCCAUGACUGAGGACUUUCGCGAGGAC